CUGGGGGCUCCCGGGCGGUAAAUCAUCGGAGCAUUGUUUUGAAGAAUGUCUGGAAGUUUCUACUUCGUGAUAGUUGGUCAUCAUGAUAAUCCCAUAUUUGAAAUGGAAUUUCUGCCUCCUGGAAAAGUAGAGUCGAAGGAUGAUCAUCGCCAUCUCAACCAGUUCAUUGCCCAUGCUGCUCUUGACCUCGUAGAUGAGAACAUGUGGCUUUCUAACAACAUGUAUUUGAAGACUGUGGACAAGUUCAAUGAAUGGUUUGUUUCUGCUUUUGUCACAGCUGGACAUAUGAGAUUUAUAAUGCUUCAUGAUGUAAGGCAAGAAGAUGGCAUAAAGAACUUCUUUACUGAUGUAUAUGAGUUGUAUAUAAAGGUAAGAACUCAUUUUUUACAGUCUUGCUGCACUACUUCUAAGCAUGUUCUGCUGUUUGUGCUCAGGCACAGCUGUAUUAAUGUGCUUUCUUCUGGGGGCCUGUGUAAGCACCCAUGCAGUCCACAUCAGCCAGAGCUAGUGAUGUAUGACACAAAGGCUUUAUUCUCCAUUAAACAGAAUAGAUUUUUUUGAAAUUGUUAUAAGCUGUGCUCUUUUAGACUUCUUCACUUCAGUGAUAUUCUGUAGAAUCGAAUGAUUUGGGUAGGAAGGGACCUAAAAAACCCUCUAGUUACUACUUCCCUGCCAUGGGCAGAGACA